AUGGCAGAUAGCCAUAUAAUCCUCGAAACCCACCUCUUCUCGAAUUCCCCCAACGGUCCUCCUCCAUGGAACCGUAGCCUCCAUCUCCGUCUACCCUCGCCCGCCGCAACGAAAUCAGACAUCCUAACCCUGAUCCGCGACUCCGUGACCCGCCUUGGUCGCGCAGACCCCGUAGUCGAGGCGCAGAUAACGCUCUACUUCACACGCAACGGCCGCGUCGUCUGGCUCCCAGGCAACAUCAACACGAGCAUAGCCACAUUCACGUUACCCAUUUACCAGCCCGCUCAAAUCGUCAACGUCAACGUCCCGUAUGCGGUCCCGCAGCCGGUCCCCCAGCAAGGAUUACCUGGCUGGCCGCUGGCCAUGACCUACACAGGCGGCGUCAACUACCUACAUUCCUACGGUCCUGGGCCGAUGACGGUCACGCCUGGCAUGAACCAAGCGGUGGUGUUUGGGGGCGGACAACUUGGGCUCUUCAACGUCAACGUUCUCACCGCCAGCGGGUCUGGAAACAGACCUAUCGUCUCUGACGUCGUGAGGGAGGCUCGUCUUGAUGAGGUUGCGGGGGAGGCGCUGACGGGAUUAUUGGAGUGGGCUGUUGGGCCUACUGCCCUGAAGCUGAUUGUUGUGGUGGAUGUGAAUGGGACGGGUGGAAUCCCUGCGGUCGUUGAUCUUCCUGAACCGCCUGCUCCUCCAGCUCCUCCUGCGGCGGGUUAA